AUGUUUCGCUUCCACGUCGCUCUCGUUCGGCUCUUGGUCUGUAUUGCGUUCACUGUCGUAACGGGUACGACCGAUUGGAGUCUCACGGCCAUCAAAGGCCGCAAUGUUGAGAUCAGUGCGCUAGAGACGAUGAUAAUGAGCAAAGCGGCACAUGUAGCGACCGAGUCUCGCAGUUCGUCUCGUUCGUUCGAACUGGACGAACUUCGGACGCUGUUGACGCGCGAUAAAGACGCAGACGCGACCUCUGCAUCCGCGCCGAGCGACUCAAUCAAAUCCACGUACCGCAAUUGGGUCGGGCCGUGGACCAUGUCCCCCGAUACUGCUUGUUACCGGCGGAGUUACCUCAUGCGCAAGUGCCCCGUGAAUUACGACCGCAAUGGCGUGACGAGCUCGUGCUGGGCCGAGUGUCCGCUCGAGUACCCGGUCGAGUGUGGCAUGGAGUGCAUCCGACAGAGUGAUGACUGUGGGAUCGAAGUCGUGAGCAAAGUCUCAGCUGUAGCAAUGACUGUGCUCAGCAGUGCUACCUUUGGCGUGUUUGGUGAGCUCAAUAAGAUCGGCAAGACCUUAUCAUGGGCCGUGCGGUGCUCGAACUCGCUCCUGCUCGUCAUGCGGGGCGUCACGCGGUACAUUCGCACCAUGAAAGCCGAAGACCCGCAAGCUUCGGAUCGCAAGGUGCUCAUUGCGCUCUUCCAGACCGGAACGGUCGUCACGGAUUUACCGAUUGCUAUCACUGUCUGCAUGCGCAAAGCAGUACCGCCGAACCUGCGGUUCUCUCAGUACGUCUUGGGCACCGCCACGUGGGCGCUCAUGCAAGCGCUGAUCCAUGACGAGACGCUCGUGGCCAGUUGGCAAAAGUUCCGGGCGUUCCUCCAUCGAGCCAACUUUACCGAAGCGGCCGACGCGAUCACCGAAGGCGAGAUCUCGUCCUUGGAGACAGCGAUGCAGCAGGACUCGAGCUGCGGCGAAGACCUGUUGUCGUUGACGGGACGCGUGUGGGCGACGGUCAACAAGUUUCGGACCCAGUUUCCCGGCAUUUCGGAAGACGACCUGCGGCUUCAGGUGAGUACCUCCGACCUCGUGCAGCACGACGUGCCUACGGUGACGAACAAUUGCAUGCGCCAAAUGCGUACCGAGUCGACGCUCGUGACGGCUUAUAGAACGCGCGAUACCUUACGCAAAACCAUUGGCGUCAUUGUGAACGACCUCAUUGAAACGAAAACGAGCGACAAUGGGACGUCGUAUGACGAUCGCGAGCGGGCGCGCAGGGCCAUUGACGUGGGCUUUUCGUCGCUCGCGGCGACACUGAUCGAUCCUACUCGCAUUACGCUCUUGAUUUCCGAGUUCCUGCAGACUAUUUGUGGUCCUACGGAGUUCAUGGGCGAGAUCGAUGACGGCCGGGAAGCUGCUACGCUUGGGCUGAACACGGUGGGCGAUGCGUUCAAAGGCAGUACGAGCGCCUGGACGAAAAAAGGUGACGGCGCAGUCCGUAUCAGCUUCAGAAGCACAGACACAGAAGAUGUGACGGUGAACAUUCGGUCGGGUGGUGACAAAAUAGCCGAAGUCCACGUUCGUGCGGGAGGUACAGGGCAGUGGAAGUCGGAUACGAAGACAUUAGGAGGCAAGACGCUGUAUUUCGACCGCUGGCGUCCAGGCUGGUUUGGUCUUUUAGGCACUGGCGGUGGCUCCUUUGUGAUCUGGGUACCAAAAGCGUCGCAAGGAGGUCACUUGGAGAUCCAAGCGAAGCUCAAUGUGAGCUAG